GUGGAUCUGAGGGAGGGACCCACAGAUCCCGAGGUCAGAGCUCUUGGGCCCUCUGACUAAGAGGGGCCUGAAGUGUUUGCAGAGAAAAAGAGACUAAAUGCUUUUUAGAAGUGCCAUGAAUGAUCCCCUGCCCCUACUUAGUAUUCAUUCAUUCACAAAUAUUUAAGAAUCUAUUACAUGCUAGGUCUAUCUCGGUGCUGGAAGACACAGCAAUGGACAAAACAAAAAUCCCUGUCUUCAUAAAGUUUACAUUCUAGUGGGGGUGACAGGCAGUAAAGAAAGAAAUAAGUAAAAUGUAUAGCAUGUUAGUAUAAGUGCCGAAGAGAAAAAGCAGGAAGGGGAACAGAAAUUCUUUUAAGCCGAGUGCAAGUGUUCUAACGAAGUGCCGUGAUGUCAUUGCUUGCUUUAACCUGGGAAAGAAUAAGAGAGACCGCCAUGGCUCCCAGUGACGUCACGACUAGCUCUGUGACACCGCGUCAGGAUGUUCCGUAGCAAUCUGGUCUCUUCUAUGACGUCUGCAGACAAGCCCAGAAACAGGGGAGAGGGUUGGGUCCCGCCGCGGGGCCUGCCGGCUGCAUUCAGGCUCCGCGUGGUCCCAGCAGCGUGCACCGGCUGAGGGAGGGCCGAGAGCCUGGACCGCUGCGGAGGCGACUUUGGCGUCCGUGAGGGGGCGGCCGGGAGUCAGGAUGCGGCGGAGCUCCCGCCCGGGCUCGACCACGUCCCCGCACAAGCACACGACCAACUUCUACAGCGACAACAGCAACAGCUCAGUGAGCGUCACCUCGGGGGACAGCAGCGGCCACCGGUCAGCUGGGCCGGGGCCCGGGGAGCCCGAGGGCAGAAGAACCCAGGGCUCGAGCUGCGGUGAUCCCGCCUUGAGCUCAGGAGUGCCCGGAGGAACCACAUGGGCUGGAAGCUCUCGGCAGAAGCCGGCGCCUCGGAGCCACAAUGGGCAGACCGCCUGUGGCGCGGCAACCGUGAGGGGCGGGGCCUCGGAACCGGCUGGCUCUCCUGUUGUCUCUGAGGAGCAGUUCGACCUUCUCUCGACCCUGGACCUGAGGCAAGAGAUGCCUACCCCGCGAGUGUCCAAGAGCUUCCUGAGCCUACUUUUCCAGGUGCUUAGCGUGUUGUUAUCCCUGCUAGGAGACAUGCUGGUCAGUGUGUACAGGGAGGUCUGUUCCAUCCGCUUCUUGCUCACCGCUGUGUCACUGCUGAGCCUCUUUCUGACAGCUCUCUGGUGGGGGCUCCUGUGUCUGGUACCUCCUUUGGAAAAUGAACCUAAGGAGAUGCUGACUCUNNNNGAGUACCACGAGCGCGUGCGCUCCCAGGGACAGCAGCUGCAGCAGCUCCAGGCGGAGCUGGAUAAACUCCACAAGGAGGUGUCCAGCGUUCGCGCAGCCAACAGCGAGAGAGUGGCCAAGCUCGUAUUCCAGAGGUUGAAUGAGGACUUUGUGCGGAAACCCGACUAUGCGCUGAGCUCUGUAGGAGCGUCCAUCGACCUAGAGAAGACAUCCCAUGACUAUGAGGACGCGACCACUGCCUACUUCUGGAAUCGCUUCAGCUUCUGGAACUACGCCCGGCCACCCACGGUUAUCCUGGAGCCAGAUGUGUUCCCUGGGAAUUGCUGGGCCUUUGAGGGAGACCAGGGCCAGGUGGUGAUCCGGCUGCCGGGUCGUGUGCAGUUGAGCGACAUCACCCUUCAGCAUCCACCACCCAGCGUGGCACAUACUGGGAAAGCCAACAGCGCCCCCCGCGAUUUCGCAGUCUACGGCCUCCAAGUUGAUGAUGAGACUGAAGUAUUUUUGGGGAAAUUUACCUUCGACGUGGAGAAAUCUGAGAUUCAGACUUUCCACCUACAGAAUGACCCCCCAAUGGCCUUUCCCAAGGUGAAGAUCCAGAUUCUAAGCAACUGGGGCCACCCCCGUUUCACGUGCUUGUAUAGAGUACGAGCCCAUGGCACACGAACCUCAGAGGGGGCAGGGGACAGUGCCACAGGGGGGCCCCAUUAAACAUGCUGAUUGUUGGAGUGGAGGUUUGUACUGAAAGAAGCUGGAUCAAUGCUGAAGGGUCUGUUGGGGGGGGGGGGGUGCUCUGAUUACCUUUGGUAUUUAAGUAUGGUGAUGGCUGUACCCUCUUAAGUAGCAGCAGCUCACGUUUAUGCAGUACUUCAUCAUGUACUCUAGAUAUUAUACACAUUACUUAACUAAUCCUCAUGAUCACAGCAGAGGGGGAAACCACUCAGGUCAGAAAACUUGUUCAAGGUCACACAGUUAGUGAAGAACUGUCACAGCAGGACCCAAGCCCACCUUCCUACAGAGGCCACCCUCUUUAAUUGCAGAGCUGCCAGUCAGCCAAGCUUGUGCACCUCAGUUCCCACCCCCAAAUUCUGGGAAAGUUGCCCAACUCCUACUAGGUGCAGUUGGAGGGAGAACUACCCCUUUUCCUUAGAUAAACACUCAAACUACGCAGACUUGAGAACCUCUAGGAAGCAUCUGAGUCACAGCCAAUGCAGGCCUGGUAGCCCCUGCUCAGGUUGUCUUUACUGAGACCAGAGUGCCCAACUCUAUGCUAGGCACAGUACAGAUAGUCUAGUGUUCAUCAGUCCUUGCCCUCAAGGAGCCUGAUAGGAUAGAGAGGAUGCUCCAGGAAACAGGACAAUUCAUUUACUGAUCUAAGAACUCUUCACUCAAAAGUAGAUGGAGGAAUAAAAGAUGGAGGAGACAGAUAUCAAAGGAUUAAUGAGUUCUACCUGGGCAGAGUAGAAAAGGGGGGCCAGUAUGAACAAAAAAAAACAUGCAACAUUUUGGCUGUUAAGAUCCUUCUCCAGUGUGUUCAUGUUUUGGGAGCAUAUACACACUAUUCACAGUGGGUAUACCUGUAGGAAGUUGAAGCUGAGCAUGUGUGGGGAUGGAGCAUGUAUCUAUCUGUUUAAAUUUUGGGGGUAUUACUUUUGUAAUUUGAAGACAAAGGGAAAAUAUUCUCUCGAGUGGUCUCAAAACCUAAGGUUAUAAAUGUGAACAAAUACAUCUUUUUUAGGAACCCAAAGCCUUAAAAGACUGGUAUACAUAAAAAAUUUAAACUUCCAUAUGAAAAGAGUUCUAGAGACCAAAAGAUACUAUAUAUGAAAGGACAAUGGCCUGGGAGGAAAUAUUUUCAAUAUGCAUAAGAAAUAACUGAAUAACUAUAACAGAAUAAAGGCUAUAACAACAAUAAAAA